CCAAGCUCCCUCGACGCUGUGGUGGGCGACUGCUGGAGGGGCGAUGAUGCGGGGCGCCCUCUUCGUUGCCUUCACCGCUCUUCUGGCCAUCUUCGUCUACCGUCUCAUCUCUGUUCUCAGCACUAAGCGAGUUGAGAAGCGAAGAGAAGCCGACGAGCCAUGCAGGGUUGCAAUCUUCCUGGGGUCUGGCGGCCACACGACAGAGCUCCUUCAGCUGCUCUCUGCACUUCCCCCAAAGAGGUACACACCUCGUCUCUACAUCAUCUCCGAGGGAGACCGCUUCAGUCGAGCCAAGGCCAUCGAACACGAGGCUUCCUGGUCACUGCCCAACGACAGCGACGGCGGCGGCUCACAACAGAAGCAACAGCCGGCUCAUUACAGUUUCGUAGAGCUGCCGCGAGCUCGCAAGGUACACCAGUCUUUUCUCUCUGCACCUGCAUCGGUUGUACUGGCGCUGGCCGCCUGCAUGCGGCAGUUUGUAUGGAAGAGAACCGAGCUCGACGUUAUUCUCAUGAACGGCCCUGGCACCUGUGUCCCCAUCAUGCUCACAGUCUAUGUCCAGAGAUUCUGCGGCAUGCACUCGCCCCGCCUCAUCUACGUCGAGUCGUUUGCUCGCGUAAGGACGCUGAGCCUCACCGCCAAACUCCUCCGACCAUUUGUCGACCGCUUUGUCUUACAAUGGCCCCAAAACCCCUCUGUAUCUGGGGCAGACGUCCACAAAUCAUGGCUGGUCUGAUAGAAAGAAUAUCGGCU